AUGAAUAUACAAACCACUUUCUCAACGAUAACAUUUAAUGAUACUACAAAUAAUUCAUUGAAUCAUAAUUUAAAUUUGUUGAAUAACCGAAGUAUGAGUGAAAGUACAAAUUCGUUAUUAGACGAUACAUUACAACUUGGUGUUAGACAAAGUGAUUUUGGCAAUGAUUUUGGAAGUGAUUCUGAUGAUUUUUCUUUAAUGCGGUCAAAUUUUGCUAUUAAACAUAAAUAUCGACGACCAACAUCCGCAAAGCAAAUGCUUCAUUCUGUGGUUUAUCAACGAUUGGAUGCUGAUAAUUUAUUCGACAAAAAUCAGACUACGAAUUGGGCUUGUGAGAUUGCACGAGAAAUUAAACAAAGAUUGAUAGAUCUAAGUUUAAAACAAUACAAAUAUAUUGUCAAUGUAACAAUAAUGGAGAACAAACCAACAGGAACUGAAACAAGAAUGAAUCAGAUAUUAUUGAAAGUUGAAAUGUUUCGAUACUUGGUAGCAUGA